AAAAGAAAAAAAAAACAUAAGAAAAGCCUUCUUCUGAAGGAAUACAAAUAUUCAGUUUGAAUCAAAUCACCCUAUAAUUACGUUCAAAAUGCAUAAUAUUUUGUGCUUCUUAGCCUUAACAAGUGUUACUAUUUUGGGUGUUUGGACCUCUCAAGCUUCAUGUCGAGCCAUAUUUGAUGGUCAUAACGAAUAUGCCAUGUUAAAAAGGCAUGAAGCUUGGAUGGCUCAUCAGGGCAAAGUUUAUGUUGAUGAGAAGGAGAAGGCCAAACGUUUCAUGGUUUUUAAGGAAAACGUGCAAAGAAUUGAGGCUUUCAAUGCUGCUAGUAGUUCCGACAAAGGCUAUAAGCUAGGUGUUAAUCCAUUUGCGGACUUGACAAACGAUGAAUUCCGUGCCAUACGCAAUGGCUAUAAAAGGCAACAACCCAAAAUAUUGUCUACAACUUCAGGCGAAAUUACUCCUUUUAGGCAUGCAAAUGUUAGUGCAAUUCCAGCAUCCAUUGAUUGGAGAAAGAAAGGCGCAGUUACGCCCAUCAAGAACCAAGGAGAUUGUGGAUGCUGCUGGGCAUUUUCGGCAGUUGCAGCUAUGGAAGGCAUAAACCAACUCAAAACCGGAAAACUAAUUUCACUAUCGGAGCAAGAACUCGUUGACUGCGACGUCCAAGGAGAAGACCAAGGUUGCAGCGGUGGGCUCAUGGACAACGCUUUCGAUUUCAUCCUUAAAAACAAAGGCCUCAACACCGAGUCAAACUACCCUUACACCGGACAAGACGGCGCGUGCAACUCCAAGAAAUCCGGCCUGGUGGCGGCCAAGAUCACCGGGUACCACGACGUCCCGGCCAACAACGAGAAGGCCUUGUUACAAGCCGUGGCACGUCAACCGGUGUCGGUCGCCAUAGAUGCCGGCGGCUACGACUUCCAAUUCUACUCGAGCGGGGUUUUUAGUGGCGAGUGUGGAACCAGUCUUGAUCACGGCGUCACGGCGGUUGGAUUCGGGACGGAGGCGGAUGGGACGAAGUAUUGGAUAGUGAAAAAUUCGUGGGGAAGCAAUUGGGGUGAAAAUGGGUAUAUAAGGAUUAAAAGAGACGUUGUUGCUAAGGAGGGCCUUUGCGGUAUCGCCAUGGAAGCUUCUUAUCCUGUUGUUGCCUGAAAAUUAUGAAUAUGAUACCAAAAUUAUUACAUACUGAUACGAUCUAAUAUGUAAUUAUUCGGAAUGAUUUCGGAUAGGUGUAUACAUGUAUAUGUAGGUACCGUCAAAGUAUAUACAUAUGGUGGCUGGUUCAAAAUUCCCAAUGUUUAAUUGAAAUUAUUAAGAAAUGAUUACAUUAAUCAAUAUUCCCAAUGUUUUAUUA